AAUUCGAAAGCCAACUUCGGUUCGAGUUACGAAUUUCGUGGUUUAAACGUUGCGGUCCGUGUCGAAAUAAAAAUCAUGUCUAAGAGCAAACUUCAUCAUCAAGUUGACAGCAGUAUUGUCGCCGUGAAAAGCAAAUUUGAUGCUGAUAUUAUACGAUUUUCAAUCAAUCGUAAUGAAGCAAUUAGUUAUGAUAACUUUAAAAAAUUAUUGGCCGAGCGACAUGAUAUAGGUCCAGAUUUCUGCUUUUUGAUUUGGUAUACGGAUCCAACUGAUGGUGAUCUUUUACCCAUUAAUAAUGACAACAAUUUGGCAAGAGCAUUAUUAGCUGCAAAACCACUUCUAAGAAUUUUAAUACAAAGGAAGGGGGAUGGAUUAGAAGACAUAAAUGGAUAUGGGACAAUGAAACCAAAAAAUUUAAUCUCGAGUAUUCUUGGUGGCACACCUGGAAAACCAAAAUCAUUGGCUAUAUCUAAUCCACAUGAUUUCAGGCAGGUAUCAGCAAUAAUUGAUGUAGAUAUAUUACCAGAAACGUGCCGUCGUGUACGUUUGUUAAAGCAUGGUUCUGAUAAGCCAUUAGGAUUUUACAUUAAGGAUGGAGAAAGUUUUCGAAUAUUGCCACCUUCCGCAGGUGGUGGUAUUGAAAAGGUUCCUGGUGUAUUUAUCAGCAGAUUGGUACCAGGUGGUUUAGCUGAAAGUACAGGUCUUUUAGCAGUGAAUGACGAAGUGCUCGAAGUAAAUGGCAUAGAGGUCGCUGGAAAAACUCUCGAUCAGGUUACAGACAUGAUGAUUGCCAAUUCUUCAAAUCUAAUAAUCACAGUGAAACCUGCGAAUCAACGGGCAGCGUUAACUGCUCCGAGGCGUGGAUCAUUUUCACGGAAUAGUCAAUUGUCUUCUGGAAGUCAUCAAUCCACGCAAAGUGCUGCUACUGGUAGCGACGAAGAUGCAGACGAAAUUGUAGAUUUAACUGGUGUAACAUUGCAAGAGGAUGCGACCACUUCUACUUCUCAGCAUCACCACUACCACCACCACCACCAUCAUCAUCAAAAUCAUUUUAACCAUGAUCAAGGUGUUCUACAUUUAUAA